GCCCGCAUACGUUUUGCAGCACUCCAACGCCUGGUGUUGUAAUUUUUCUUGUCGCAAGGUGAAAACGAUUUAAACGGUUUUUGAUAGUGAAAAGUGCAUAAAAUUUGAAAAAUUGCACAUCAAAGUGCAGAUGAAAGUGGCGUUAAUACAAUUUCUAUGCGGUAGCAGUGAAUAAACGGCCCAAAGUGCAUGAAAAACGUGCUUGAAAAUUUUACUUUGUGUGUAGCCACACGCACUCCAACACACACAACCGCACUCACACACAUACACGGGCAGAGGGAGAUAAACGCAGCGAUGGCCUCGCAGUCGCACUCGCACAUAUAAAAAAGCUCGCUUGUAUAUUGGAAGAAGGAGCGCACAAAGCAGAAGACGAGAGGAAAGAUUUCUGUGUCAUUGAACGAGUGAAAAGAAGAAGAAAAAGAGAGCCAGGAGCUCCUGUUCGUCCUCCUCCUUCUCGUCCUCAGCCAUCUUCUAGCGGCCGCAGGUGCACCACACUUCGAUUCCAAUUUCAAGGAUACUCUCCCAGCCGCUCUCACUCUCUCUCUCUUCCUCGAUCGAUACUGCUCACCCGUGUCGAAUCAGAGGAUUGAGCAAGAUGGACGCCAAACCAAGAGGACACGUAGUUUUAUGACUCUAAGGGGCAACCAAGCCAGCAAUCCGUCGCACUAGAAAGCUAGAAACCAGGCUCCCAGAGAGCAGGAGAAGCCAGUGGGCAGUAGCAGGAACAGAAUAGCCACAGAUAAAACAAUCUAAAGCCGUCAUCAUGGUUGACAAUAGUGUCCAAUGCCCCGUGUGCACUUUGUACCUGCAUGCGGGAAUGAAUCUCUCCGAUCACUUGGAGACCCAUCCCAAGGAACAGGUGAUCAAGGCGCUGGUGCAGAUGACGAUAGUCGGUAGCGGCGGCAAUAGCAUGGGCAGUGCGCUUGCUGCUGCCAUGCUAUCAGGAGGAACUGGAGGAGGAUCUAGUAGUGGCGAAGCAAGUGUGGUCGAUGAGAAACCAGCCGUGUUAUCACCGCCUUCUGGUGGAGAUGUUAAACCAGUUGUGGCCAAUACCAUAUCAGCAGCAACAGCAGCCCCACCGCCAGCAGCGGCGCCUGUGGUGCCAUCAGUACCGCCACCGCUCUCCUCCUCUCUCGUGGCAGCCUGCUCCAAUGGAGCCGCCUCUUCCACAACAAGCUCUACACCCACCUCCCCCUCCACAAGCAGCAGCAGCAACAACAGCAAACCGAGCAAUCCACCGAUGAAAACACUGAAAUGCUCACCGCCCACGACUGAGGCGCGAGCCAACACAUCCGCACAUCCCACCACAAGCAGCGUGUCCACUUUGUACCAGCCAUCGCAGGUCACCCCGGAUUAUCGCUUCAACCAGCAGCAGCAGCCACAGACAGCGGGCUUUGGUCGUGGUGUCACCGCCUCGGCAGCAACGCUGGUGAUACCACAGGUGCCUCAGCAGCACUUCCUCGCUAGCCAUCAGCAGCAGGCUCACUUUACACAUCAACAGCAACCCCCGCAGCAGCAACAACAACAGCAGCAACAACAGCAGCAGCAGCCUGCUAUGAAGUUUAACUACGCCACAGCUUUGCCCCCACCUCCGCCGUUGCAGCUUUUUACGCAGCAACAGCAGCAGCAACAACCGACGGUUGCUCCACCGCAACAAUCGCAGCAGCAAUCGCAUCAGAAACCACCUCCCGCCUAUGGAGCCGCCAUCAGUCAAAUACGAUCUCAGCACAACCAAAACAAGCAGCCGCCACAGCCUCAAAACGUGGCCAUGCAACAUAACCUAGCCCUGGCACCACCUACGACGUCAACAGCGGCUUCCAAUUCACUUGCGUCUGCAGCUAGCAAGCAGCCCAAUAAGACGCAUUCGGAAGUAUUCUUGAAUCCCCCACCACCGCCACCAGCACAGCAUCAGGCGCAGAUUCACAAUUUAGUGCAGCAUCAGCAGAAUCAGAGUCAGCAUCAUCAACAUCCUCACCAGCAGCAGCAACACCAGAAUCUGCAUCUGGCCUCAUCAUCCUCCGCUAGAUUACAGCAUCAACAACAGCCACCGAGUUUGCAGGCCUAUGGAUCAGGUGUCAGCAGUAGCUGCAGUUCCUCCAACAACCCCUCCACAUCGGCACCUGCUCUUCGUGCGAAUCGUCAGACAAACUCUCCUUUUGGAGCGCUGCUUAAUGCUGCGGCUGCUGCGGCCUGCGCAUCACCGGCAUCUUCCACCGCGUCGUCAUCGGUCCUGCGGUUUGCGGAAUCCCCUGUGGCACACUAUCUGGAGCGUGAAAAUGGUGACUUCAUUGUCCAGGAGACGCCAAAGCAUAUAGUGGAGUGUGUGGAAAAGGAAGACGGUGAGUUCUCUGUUAUCGAGCGCAUUUAUCAAUCCCCGCCGAGUGUCCUGCAUAUACACGAUGACGAUGAGGACGAUGAAGAAGAUGAAGAGGAAGAGGAUGACCAUGAAGCACCGCCGGAGGAGGAAGACGGGGAUGAUGAGCGGGAGGAAAAUAGCCGCAGUCGUAAUAUGAGCAAGACAACGAAAAAGGCACGAAAGACCAAGCCAAAGCGAAGUUCCAAGCGCGUCUCGGAUGAGGAGGAGUUCAUGAGCCUCAGCAGCGGGUGUGAGAGUGAGCUAGAAAGAGAGCGUAAGCAGGAGCAGCCAAAUACGGCGGCAUCUUUACCGCCUCCACUAAGCACAGGUCCUUCUACUAGCACUGGUGGUGCUUUCGCUUCCUCCUCCACUAAUCUGGCCGAUAAUCAUUCCAAUUCCGCUUCCAACUCCGCCUCCAAUUCAAACUCCACCGCCACUACAAAGUCCAAGAAGAAUCGAAUUACAGUGCUCAGCGAUGUACCCCUCAAUAUGAAUGAGUAUCUCGAUUUGAUGGGUAACAUCGUGGCCUCCAGUCGUAUUGGAGCAGGUCGACCGUUUGCAGCUGUGGCUCCCAUACCACUCGUCAAGGUGGAGAAGGAGGAGCCUUUGGACGACUACGACAAUGUGGCAGUUACAGUUCCUGCCGAACUGGAGCAGAAGCCCAGCUUGGAGCACGGUACCACCAGCGUAAUUCGCAUGGCAAGCACGGCUACUGCGACGACUUCGGCAACGGCGACUGGAGUUGCUACGGAGGAUCUCAAUCAGCCGCCGACCAUGAAAGUCGAGGUGGAGCCCAACACCACAUUGCUACCGCAACGCUUCUCCAUCCCCGCCCAACAACGCGGCCCCAAGAAAUUAGUCAUCAAACCAAAAGCAACAGCACCAGCGACAGCAACGACAACGAAAAAGACUGACACCCCAUCUUCCUCCAGCAGCAACCCAUCCAUAUCAAGAGAUCUGGUUCAGGUGAAGAGUGAGACCGUGGAGGCCCCAGGGCCGAGCAGUAGUAGUAGCAUUCUCGAGAAACACCUUACCACCAGUCGUAAACAGCUAAAUCACCACUCGGCGGUGAACGAUGACGAUGCCCGUGUACUGUUGGAGUUUGCAAACUCAAAGCAGCCGCCACCACUUGCUGCUUCCAGCACCACGUUCGUAGUAAAUGCCAGUGCGGGAUUUCCCUCGGCGGGAUCAGUUUUCGCUAGUAGCAGUAACAGCUGUCCUAAAGGACCGGCCAAGCCGGGAGAGGAGUACAUCCUGCCGGACAACAAUAUGGAUGUGGAUGAGAUUGUGAUAUCCUCGUCGUCUUCCUACACCUCCUCAGCGGCCCAGGUGCAGGCCACGCUGCAGCCGCCGGAUUUUAACUUUCUGUACCAUCAGACCACAACAACGGCCACGACAGCCACCUACUUUAAUUCCUUCUCCAGGCAGCAGCAUCAUCAUCAGCAGCAGCAACAGCACGGUGUUAGCGAUGCCACCAAUGCGGCCACGUUGGCUUCGUCGUCCAGCAAUUCAAUGGACCACGACUCGAUGAAUGCAACAUUCCGCGUUGCCAAGACCCAGUCGCUGCAAUCAUGGUAUCAGCAGGAGCAGGAGCACGAUCCCCAGAACCAGGGUGGUGCGGAAUCAGGAACAGCCACACCUUCUAAUCAGAGCCAGGAUGUGGUUAGCCAUCAGCCCACCAAUUUUAACGCCGCUCUAGCGGCCGUUGAUUGCUGUAGCGUAGCCCUGGAUGAGGAUGCAAAAUAUCUGGACCUGGACACUUGCAAGCGGGAACAAUUGAGCAGUAGUAGCAACCUGCCCUCGGCCUCUGCAUCCACCACGUCGUCUUCAUUUGCUGGCGCCGGCACAGAAAGCAGUUUAGUUGGUGGCCUGAAUAUCCGCACAGAUGAGAAGAUGCCGGCCAAGGGUGAAAUUUCCGAACAGGAAAGCAACUGCGACAUCGAAAACUCGUGGAGCGAUUCCGUUUAUGGGGAUAUUUCGCAGCGGUAUUUCAGGAACCAGUUUUCUGGCGGCUAUAACCCAGACUGGCGGCAGGAUUACUACCAGAUUCAGGACUUAAGCGGCCAACAGAGGGAACAAAAACGUUUCGACUUUAAUGCUGUUGAUGAUGAGGCAUCAUCGAGCUCGAGAAAGAGUCAACUGACUGAUGUCAUCCCAACCGCGGCCACCUCCUCCGCUUCAACGUCGUCGGCUUUGCUGGCGGGUCCACCAAUAGCUUCGACAUCGCGGGCUGCCGCAGAAGCGGCAGCGGAGGCGGCUGUUCUCGCCCAGCGGAAACCGCAGCGCCGCAAGCUCUACAAGUGUCCACACUGCGAAGCGAUCUUUGAAAAGCUUAAAGAGCGUAAUGCGCACAUGAUUGGCGAGCACAACUACGUGCGACAAAACCGCCGACUCAUCUGCACUCAGCCACAAGUAAACGCCUCCAUGUUGCCACCACAGCAGCAACAGAUGAUUUUACAGGGAGGCGACGCUAUGCAUGAAGAUUCUAAGGAUGGCAUUGUCAAGAUAAAGCAAGAACAGUGCCAGGAAAAACACGAUGUUGAGCAUAUGCACGCUCAUUCUGAAUUACUGGCGGAUGUCAAGGACUCUGAGCUGCUGGGCAUCGGUGGUGACGGCGAUGGAGAUGUAGAUGGUGACAUUAAGCCACCCAGCCAGCUGGAUGAGAAGCCUACGCUACCACCACUGGCUAUGACAACUCCGGCUGCUAAGCUAGCAGCUUUGUAUCGUAUGCUAAUCGCCUACAACGAAUCUAAACUCGGACAGGAGCGCAACAAUCUCAGCGAACUGGAGCAGAAAGCUAUGGAAAAGUCCAUCUUUCUGUGCUACGUCUGCCGCACCGACUUCCCGUCCGUAAAGCUUUACGAUGCCCAUCUUACCGAACAUCCGGCUGAGUGUUUUACAUGCGGAAAGAAGUUCUAUCGCUGGAAAAACUUUUCAUUGCAUCUAAAGCGGCAUUUGGGCUGGAAGGAGUUCGGUUGCUAUGUCUGCGACAAGAAAUUUGUAGUGCGCAGCGCACUCGUCGAGCACAUGCGAAUGCACACGGGACAAACGCCUCUCAAGUGCAAGAUAUGCGGAAAAAAAUUCAAACGCUAUUCCAAUCUGACGCAACACCGCAAGCGGCACACAAAGAUGAUGGUGCGCAAAAAGGAGUAUGUGUGUCAUUGCGGCGAGGUUUUGCCGUCGAAGGCACGCUUCCUGUGGCACAAGGAGACGCAUGACCUGAAGCCCAAGUGCUGUCCCUACUGCUGCGAUCGGUUUGUACACGCCAACUCACUACGCCGCCACAUAAGGUUGGCACACUCUGAUAAGUUCGACUAUGCUGAACCGAUGGAGUGUCCUAUGUGCAAGCAGAUCUUCGCUAAGACGUCCAUCAAGGCGCAUAUGGCGACGCAUUCGACGGAGCCUCAAUACGACUGCGCCAUUUGUAGCAAGAGCUUUUCUACCAAAUGGAAUCUCAAGAUCCACUCUUGGGUGCAUGCUAACCGGACGGCCAAACCCUUUAAGUGCGAAUACUGCCCAAAGGCGUUCGUGAGAGAGCUGGACUUCAAAAACCACAUCAAUGCGCACAAGCAGAUCAAGCCGUAUACAUGUGAGUAUUGCGGCUGCAAGUUCAUACGCAAGUACAACUAUAUGAGGCACCGUCGCGAGCAUCACGGUACCAAGAAAUUCACCUGCGACCAGUGCGACAAGUCCUUCCAUCGGCACUACUAUCUGAUCGAGCACAGGCGGAUGCAUACCGGGGAGCGGCCAUUCACCUGCAGUAUCUGUGGCAAAAGCUCCACUACGAAGACCAACCAUAACAAGCAUCUGAAGAUUCACCAUUCGCGCGAUCCCUUCACCGUGGAGGCCUAAGGGUGCUCGGUAACAAAGGGCUUCGCAUUCGAACUAAAGUUUAAUAUAAUCAUUACCUAGGUAGUUGUUCAUGACUCUUCUCUGUGUGUACUGUGUGUGUCUGUGGUUAAAACAACAAAAAACAAAACAAAACAACAAAUUAGUAUUACAUAAUAAACUAUAUAUUUAGUUUACAUAUGCGAUUGCCAACUCUUGUUGAAUAAGCAAACAAGAAACAAUUAUCACAAUAAUUACAUUUUACUAAUCUUACAUUUUGGAUGUGGUUUAAGAACGUAGCUAAAUGUGAAAGUGUUUCCCCAUUCUCUUCCUCCCGAUUCGAAUUGUAAUUCGCGUCAACCGCUUUAAUCCCGUUUAGGUUUUAGUUUUAAACUCACUUUAGUAAAAUGGCAUACCUAGUUCAGUGCAAUAUACAUCGAUUAAUUACUAUAUGCCGCGAUACUUUUCAUUUCUGUAGUUUAGUUCGCAUUAAGUUUUAUUCAUUUAUAUAAAUUACGAGUAUAUGUGCAUAGGAAAGCAUGCUAGUUAAUUUAAGUUAGCCGAAAUUGGUUUUUAAACUUUCGAGUUUUUCCAAAACUUGAGAACAUUCUAAGCGAAGGACACAUACACAGAAAACGAACACCACCCAUCUAACAACUUGUUAUAUAAUUUGUAUUUUUCUAAUUAAAGAGAUACAUCUCUCUGCCAGCAAUCGAACGUAAGCGAACACAACUGUCAUAUUGGAUAAACAAACAAUUUCGAUGUAUGUAGCAUAUUUUUGAUUUAUAGUAGUUGCAACUUCUCUAGGCUAUUUUAAAGGAUUGUUUCAAUGGUUUAAUGCAGCAAUUAGUUAAAAUUUCUAGCAUUAAGUGAACACAACAUUAAGUAUAAAUGAAAUUUCACAAUACAUGCAAUACAUGCAUCAUAAUAACGAAAACAAACAAAUGGAAACAAAACAAUUUUAAAAUAUUUACAACUUACAAUACAAAUUUCAAUGAGAACUAAUGGAAAGAAUCCCAUUCUAUGGAGGAAAUAAAUUCAAUUUAUGGAUAAUUACAAAACA